AUGAAGGUCCAGAAGCUGCUUCUUCUACCCACUGUCUCCACAGCCAAAUCGACGGGCUUCCCUACAGUCACGAUAUCCUCAGGUCCGAUUCAAGGUAUCUCAACGAGUCGUCCAAACGCGGUAUCUCCAGUGAACAAGUUUCUCGGGAUACCCUAUGCCUCUAUACCGCAGCGUUUCUGCUUACCUCAAGCGCCGAAGCCAUGGACAGACACUUUCGAUGCCAUGGCAUUCGGGCCAGCAUGUCUCCAAAACUUUGGCAUUAACGGCAAGAUACCUGAAGUCUUGGAGGAUCUCUUCAAUACUCCUGCACCCCCUGGAAGUGAAGAUUGCUUGAGCAUCAACGUCUUCGCCCCCGCAAUUCGAUUUCUGGACGCCGGACUUGCGGUGGUGGUAUUCUUUGGCUUUCCUAAUUCACCUGAGAUCCCACAAAGCGAACAAAACCUGGUUUUACACGACCAGCGUCUCGCUCUCCCUUGUGUACAAGAAAAUAUCGCCUCCUUUGGCAGCAACCCGUCCAAGGUGACAACCUGGGGCCAGUCCGCAGGCUCCUUUUCGGUGGACCACCAUCUCAAAGCCUACGCCAACGACGCGCUGGUCCCAUUUCCAGCUGCAAUCAUGUCCAGCGGCCAGAUGAGCUUCGGACAUCUCGCCCACGCAUCGUCCGCAAUUGAUGCCUGGACGGGGCUUUCGAGUUCAGUCGGAUGCGGCAACGUGACGGAUGAAAUAAGGUGUAUGAGGGCCGUUCCAGCGGAGAAUCUAAUCAGCGCCAUGCGAAAGUAUCGCAUCACUUUCGGACCACACUUCGAUAACGUGACGGUCCUUAGCAAGCCAAUUCCUCUUCUGAUGGGCACAGUGGAGGAAGAAGGGCGCGGCUUGGUCAAUGACAAAGUCAACAUGACGGUCUUCUUCAAUGCAUAUCUUCCGCCGCCUCUGAUAUCAUCCGAAGACCUGGAGACGAUUGUCUCCUUGUAUCGCUCUGAUACCCGAGUCAAGAAUGACUUUGAUCUUGCUUCGGCCAUUUACACUGAUUUGCUCUGGUCUUGCCCUCAAUCCAUCCUUGCCUCAAUAGCAGCCUCGAGCAACAUUUCUACCUGGCGCUAUCAUUUCAACACCUCCAUCCUGAAUCUCUUGCCCAAAGAGUACGAGUGGCUUGGCAAGGGCGUCAUUGGGAAAUUUAUCAAUAGUCCUUCCGCAGGGCCUGGCUGGCCGGCCGUGGGAUCGUCUUAUGCCCCGCUCGAGGUUGCAACCUUGGGCGAUGUGGGUGAUACCUCAAGCGUCAUGAAAGUGUCGAAUUCUACAAGCCUGGAUGAAAGGUGUAAGCUUUUCGACAGUAUAUGGCCCAAACUCGAGGUUAUUGAGCAGGGUGGCUAA